UCCCCUGUGGACAGACUCUGUGUUUUUUUUCUGAGCCUGUUCCAUGGACCAGACUGACCUGAUAGUCCGCCCGACCCCGUCCUGGAAUGGGCCCAAAGGCUCCACCUUCUCUCCCGACUGGAAAGACGCCUUGACCUUCCUGACGCCCGACGUCAUCUUGCCUUCACCUCCACCUGACUGCCAGCACUCGACCUCGAUGACCGACCUCCACCAACACCACCACCCCCUCCUCCGCCAGCCUCAGGUAGGAGGAGGAGGAGUGUUCAUCACUGCAGUGCCACCCUCCACGCCUACUGAGGCCCCCGAUGCGGGUCCAAACGGACUCACGGGUGCCAAGGUGGAGCCCAGUUACGGCACCGUGCAGAAGAACCACCGCCGAGGUCGCCCGGUCAGCGCUGUCGACCCGCACCGACGCUCUCAGUCGCUCUGCGCGGCGGCCGCAGCUGAUGGUGGAGCUGGUGGUGGCGCCGGUGACCCCGUGACCUUGAGGCGCCGGUGCGAGAGCUACGCCAUGGCGUACCCCAGCAGCAGCUCCGACGACAGCGGGAGUGACAGCGCCUCCACCAGGAAGGGAGGAGGAGGGGAACUGCUGCCGGACGCCGUGCCGCGACCCCGCGCGCGCAGCAUCAUCCUACGGAAGCUCAAGAGGAGGCCGGCCCCGCCGGAGCGCACCGUGUCGCUCGGGAAGCACGGGGGCGAGAGACGCUGCCAGAGCCUUUACAUUCCCCGGGACCUGCACAGUACCCUACUGCCAGACCUCAUCCCCAUUGCCAAGCUCGAGGACGGGGACACUCCAGGGACUCCCCUCCCUACAGACGCCACCAAGACCACCGCCACAGCCACCGCAACAACCAUCACUGCCACUGCCAAGGUGAAACCAACCGUGUCGUCGACCAGCUCCAGGCCUCUGAACGAGUUGAGGUCCAGUGAGCCGUGUAAGACCCUGCAGCCUCUCCAGCCCUGCUCUGCCGCUAUCCCCGUGCCCCCGCCGGCGCCGGGUCCUCCCCCCUCCAGCGAAACCGCCAAAACUCCCAGCAGCUCGGACUCCCUGAACUCGCCCACCUCCUCCUGCCGCUCCUCCCCAUCCCAGCUGCCCGCCACCUCGCCCUCGAAACCCACGGGCUCCACGUCUCCCUCCAGUGGCUACUCCAGUCAGUGCGACACCCCAACGGGGCCCGUGCGUACGGCCGCCAUCUUCGGACCGUCCCCCAUGGGCUGUCGGAUGCGCCCCAAGCCGGCGGGUCAGAAGUCUCGCGCCAGCCGGGUCCGGUUGUCCUUGCAGCUUCCCGAGACGACGGCGACGGAGACGGUUCUGGACGAGCCCGGCGGCGCGGACCCGGAUGGCAAACCCAGUCGGCGUUACUCCGACUCCUCAGCCACGGCUAAGCCCAAGCCCCAGCGGUGCCUGAGCAUGCUGCUGCCCGUGGUCACCCAGGAGGACCUACAGAAUGUGCGCCUGAAGUCCGUGUCUAGCGACGAAGGCGGACGCUUCGAGGUCUUCGCUGACGCCAUUGCCGAGGAGGCGGAGAGAGACACCCCGACUCCGUCCAUCGAGAGCCCCAAAAACAGGCCGCCGGUGGCGCCGAAACCUCCUGCGUCCGUCUGGCAGCCCAUCAUGGCGGGGCAGAGCAUCCAGCCAGAGCAGCAGCCUCCGCCUCAGGUGUCUCCCUCUUGUGGCCCGGAGAAGAGGCGCGCUCCCAUUCCCAAGCCCAAGAGGUCUUCCCUCUCACUGUCAGGUGGAAGUGUGGAUCACAGCAGCACCCAGCCCAACCUCAACAGACCUGUCUCUUGCCAUGUUCCUGACCCGACGGCACAGUCCAAUUUCAACAGACCUGUCUCUUGCCAUGUUCCCGAUAUGGCACAGCCCAAUCUCAACAGAUCUGUUUCGUGCCACGUUGCGGAUAUGCCACAGCCCCCGAGCAGACCUGUGUCUUACCACGUUCCGGAUACUGCACAGCUCCCAAGCAGACCCGUGUCUUACCAUGUCUCUGACACAGCACAGCUCCCAAGCCACACAUUCCCGGCCCCAACCACAGACUCUCACCACUGCGAUACGAGUGACGACAAGAAACGGGCCAUGCCCCCUCCUCCCGUCGCCAGGAAGCCAGAGGUGCUCAUACUGCCCAACGGCCAUGGCGUGUGUAACAGGGACAUGGGCAUGAUGCCUGCUGCUUACGUGCCAGCAAACGGCUACCCAGACCCGAGACUGGUGAACAUUAACAACAUGCCAAUGCAACACCAUUUCCCCAUGGAGCACGGACAUGGCAAAUACAACACAACGGGGAGGAACUCAUCAAGUGAUAGACAUCAGAGCAGAGCCCCACACCUGGGCAUGAUGCAACGCUAUCCAGAGAUGCAAGACGACGUGUUUGUCAACAAGACAUCGUCUCGCACCACUGAGGACCUCUUCACCAUCAUCCACAGGUCGAAGAGGAAGUUGUUGGGCCGUAAGGACUCGUUUGAGGGCCGUCCGAGUGACCUGGGCAUGCAGACGCUGGGGGGCGCCCCCCGCCAGAGCUCCCAGAACGACAGCUUCAUGGCCCUACUCCGGAGGACCCGCAGCGCCAAGGCCGCCCCGGCCACACACCGCAUCUCUGCCGCAGAGCUGCUGAGGAGCUCCAAGCCCAACGCCGCCGGACAGGCCUCAGCAAUGAGACCAUGAGGGGAACCCGGCCGUGACGGCUGCAGCUGCUAUGACUAUACGGAGAGUCAGGCAGGGGAUCAAGAGAGAGAUUCAGGCGGCGUAGAGAGAGUAGAGUCUGCACACUACAGCUCCGAUUGUAAGGUUUAUUCAAGAUAUAGUAACAACGUUUUGACCCAUCAGGGUCUUCAUCGGGCAUGUCACAUGACACAUGCUUGAUGAAAACCUGAUCAGAGCUGCAGUGUGCUGACUUCUACUCUCUCUAAUGUCAGAUACACUGUUGUCCUGCACCUGGCCUCAGUGAUGUGGGAGGUGCAUACUUUUACUCUUGUGAAGAGAUUCAGGGGGGCGCACAGAGGACUAUGACAAAUGGAUGGUGCAGAACAAGAACUGUUUACUUUCAGGGGGCCAAGAAUUGUAUUGGGCUUGCAGCCCACAAAUGGACCUAGGUGUGCUACUAAGGGUAGUUUUGGAGGGUGAGGCUGUACUCUAAAAGAGGACAAUUAGUAGGGGUUUGGGCUUAGAACUCUUUUCUUCCCGGGGAAACCAUUUUUUAGGGGACGGCCCUACUGUAAGUGUACCCAGAGGCACUAAGGUGGGAGAGGAUAAUUCAAGGGGCCCACAGCUAAGCAGGGGCCAUAAAAGACCAAGAUAAGGGUUGCGGUGGGGUGGGGGACCCAAAAUUAUUUUCUUUUAGGGGGCCUGCAAUUGCUUAUGUGGACCACACUCUUCUUGUGUACCGUAAGCCCAGCUUUAUAUAAAGUGUGCUGAUCAGAGUUUGCCCGGUAAACCACCCCCUCCUCCUUGCAUUUCAUUUUGCACACAGGAUCUGGGUGUGGUUCACUUGACCUGGUAUUCACAGGUAGAAUCUAUACUUGCUAAUCUAUGCCAAUCAACAAAAAGAGGGAGUAUGUGGGGUGAUGACAUUUGCUGUGUCUCGGAUGGCACACUUGUGCACUUAGGGCACUAUAUAGUAUUUCAGUGCGUAACCAAUACGCCAUAUGCACUGAAACAUAGUACCUGAAGUGCACAAGUGCGCCAUCUAAGACACGGCAACAGACUGUGUGCUACUUUGCAAUGCUAGCAUGAAGAAAGUCUCAUGGCUAGGCUAAUUUCAUAUGUCACAACACUACCUUAGCGAUUUGGUUAAGACAGGGCCAGUCAUUUGAAACCUCAGCAGUGUCUACUCUUUCAGAAAAAAAAUAACAGCAAAGGUCCUCUGUAUGAACUGAAUUGAGGUGCAAGGGGUUGGUUUACAAGGCUAGAUCAGACCUACAUUGUAUGAGUAAAAAGAUAAAUACCACUGUGCACUUUUCCUGUGAGUAAAUAUAAUUACAUGUUGCCCACCCAAACCCUCAUUCCAUUGAUCUAACAUUCAACCUGUAAUUGCAUGUAUUUAUAUGGAAAUGCACCUACAGUAUGAAGCCCAUUUGGUAGUUCAGUAAUAUGUACAUAGAAUGUUCAAUGACACUUGAUAUGAAAUAUCACUUAAUAUAAAGUGGGGCCAUUUUUUGUAUCAUUAUUUAAUUUCAGCCUUGUUUGUUUUUGUUGGGUACUUUCUAAUGGUUUUAACUUUGUGAAUUAACAACAAAGAGUAUGUGUCAUGAUGAUGUUGCACAUUUCCAAAUGUAUGACCAAUGCCAUAAAAAAAAACAUAACACAACACAACUUCAAGGCCAUAACGAUGCCAUAGUAACACCACUUUAGUGUUUUGGGUCACAUUUUACUUGACGCCAGUGU